CAGGGAGACCUCUGGGGUGCUGGGGACAGGACCUAUGCCAGCUGCAUUUCAGGCAGAUUGGAGGUGCUCCAUGACACACACUCGGAGGAAGUCCCUUACCAUGCUGAGUUCGGCCCCCCCUGGCCGCCGGGAGCCCCUGCAGAUGGAAGACAGCAAUAUAGAGCAGGGGGCAGAAGGGGUGGUGGAGCCCAGCAUGCCUGAGAGCCCAGGACACCUCGUGGGCCGCCGCAAGAACUACCCACUACGCAAGCGCCCUUUAGUUCCUGAGAAGCCCAAGGCCUGCAAAGUGCUGCUGACCCGCCUGGAGAGUGUGGCAGGACCACGGAGUGCAGAUGAGGCUGACGAGCUACCUCCUGACCUGCCCAAGCCCCCAAGUCCAGCUCCCCCCCGGGAGGAACCCAGCCUUGCCCAGCCCCGGAAGCGGCGCCUGGCUUCCCUCAAUGCUGAGGCCCUUAACAACCUGCUGCUGGAGCGAGAGGACACUGGUGGCCUGGCAGGUUCACGCCGCAGCCGAGGUGGGGAACCCCUGCGCAGCCGAGAACGAGAACGGGACCGGGCUGUUGGGGGUUGGCCCUCCAAGAAACGGGCCCGGCCUGGAGACCUCGGAGGAGGAAAUCGGGACCUGUCCCCAGAGCCAUCCCCAGAGGAAGGUGCCCGACGAGAUGGUGACCCAGCUCCCAAGAGAUUGGCAAGCCUGAAUGCAGUGGCCUUUCUCAAGCUGAGCCAGGAGCGGGAGCUGCCUCUGCGACCGCCCCGGGCCCACCCAGAAGUAGAUGUGCGUGCUGCUGAACCCUCUGCAGCAAAGGUUCCCAGGCCCAAGUGGGCCAAGGUCAAUGGCAAGAACUAUCCGAAGGCCCGGCAGGGAUCCACCAUUGGGGAGAAUGCAGGUCCGCCAGGCUGGCAAGGGAAUCCUGAAGACCCAUGGCCAUCUCCCACCCCCCGUGGACCUUCGGCAUCUGUUCAGCCACUGUCCCAGUCCCGGAGCAAGGCUCUGGAGAGCCCCUUGGGGCUGCGUCCCCACCUGCCCCAGCUAAUGGGAGGGCAGGCUGCCCUGAAGCCAGAACCUGGGCGUCCGGGCGAGGAGUCGCCUGCCCCUAAGCAGGAACUGCACCAACCCUCCUUCCCUGCACCCCAGCUGUCCCCCCUGCCCCUGCCCGGCAACCCUGCUGACUACAGAGGCCUGUGCGACCGGCCUGAGCUCACGGCUCUUGGCAGCUUCUACCAGUACUGCGGCCGAGAUGGGCUUCAGUGUGGGGGUUACUCCUGCCCCAUGCUCCCUGAGGGCAAGCUGUCCCCAGUGGCUGCACCUAAUGAGGGGCUCCUCUUGGCCCCUAGUUCUGUGCCCACUGGGACCCCUUUCCAGCACCCUCCCUGGGGCUCUCGCUAUUGCUCCAGCGAAGACACUGGAGAGAAUGGCUACGGCCUCUGUGAAAUGCUGUCCUCAUCUCUUCCCCACAUCAGCACUACCUGUGUCAGCUGCCCCUACAAAAUGCCUUUUGCAGCAGAAGGCUGCAGGUCCCUGGGCCAGCUGGAAUUUCCUCUCCCGGAAGCUGGCCAUCCAGCCUCACCUGCCCACCCCUUUCUGGGAUGCCCUGUACCCAGCGUGCCACCUGCAGCAGAGCCUGUUCCCCACCUUCAGACGCCUAGUUCUGAGCCCCAGUCUGUAGCCCGUGCGUGCCCACAGAGCGCCAAGCCUCCCAGUGGCUCGAAGUCAGGCCUGCGCACCGGCCCCAGUUGCAGGCACACUGUGAGGAGCAAGGCCGCUCGCAGGCCCAGCCAUCCCAAACAGCCACGUGCCCAGCGCCCACGUCCCCGCCGCCGCCGCCGCCGCCGCACCAACGGCUGGGUGCCUGUCGGUGCUGCCUGUGAGAAGGCCGUCUACGUUUUGGACGAACCGGAACCAGCCAUCCGAAAGAGCUACCAGGCAGUAGAGCGGCGCGGAGAGACCAUCCGAGUGCGGGAUACUGUUCUCCUCAAGUCAGGUCCACGGAAGACAUCCACACCUUAUGUGGCCAAGAUCUCUGCCCUCUGGGAGAACCCUGAAUCAGGAGAGCUGAUGAUGAGCCUCCUGUGGUAUUACAGACCUGAGCACUUACAGGGCGGCCGCAGCCCCAGCAUGCACGAGAAUGAAGUCUUUGCAUCGCGACAUCAGGACCAGAAUAGCGUGGCCUGCAUUGAGGAGAAGUGCUACGUGUUGACCUUUGCUGAGUACUGCAGAUUCUGCGCCAUGGCCAAGCGCCGAGGUGAGGGCCUGCCCAGCCGCAAGACAGCCCUGGUGCCCCCCUCUGCUGACUACUCCACCCCACCUCACCGCACGGUGCCCGAGGACACAGACCCUGAGCUGGUGUUUCUUUGCCGCCAUGUCUAUGACUUCCGCCAUGGCCGCAUCCUCAAGAACCCCCAGUAGCCUCAUGCCCUUGCUGGGGCUGCCCAUCAGCAAGUGGGGGCGCAGGGCGGGAGGCACUGCUUGAAGCACAGCACUUGGUUCCGGGGCCAGGGGAGCCUGUGAUUGUUGUCUGUGGUCCUCUGGGGGGUGGGAGGGGGAGGGCAGGGGCCGCCAUGGGCUUGGGGCCCCAUGGGAGGGAAGGGUAGGCCAGGCUUUCAGAAAGCAUGGAGCCUUCUCCCCGUCCUACAAGAUGACAUCUUCAUGAGUGAAGGGCAGGCCUGAGGACUUGGGGCCCUGGGGGCUGGGCGGGUCCUCUGAAGCCUUGAGGGGGUAGUGAGUGGGAGCUGGCUUUACCUCACCCACUGUGACCCACUGCUUCCUCCUCAGCCCAGGCCAAGCUCUCCCAGGUUCUAGCACAACUCGAGACAAGCAGAAUCUGGCGUCCAGAGCCCUGACUUCUGCUGCUCGGACCUGGACCUUUCCCUGGCUUUUCUUUUUCUUCCCGCAGUCGCCCCGGCUCUGGGACAAGCUGCCCAGCCCCGCCAUAGGUAUGGCUGGCUUGAAUGGGGGCCAACAUUUUUCUCUGCCGCC